AUGAGUGCGUCGCAAUCAGACCCCGAGAGCGACCGCCGCGAUACGCUGGUCGAGGAGAAUCAAGCUACUCCAGCUACCCCAGCUACCUUAGCGACCGCUACCCCACCCCAUGCCGAGCGAGACCAAAGCCCAAGCUCAGAGGGGGAGCGACCUCCUCUACCUCCACGGCCAAAUACCCUCAAUCUGCUGAAUAGCGAGUCGCCAUCCCGGGCAACUUUACAGGCCGGGGCCACAACGGCUGUGUCGCGGGCGGAGAUCGAUUCACAAUCACCGGCCGGGGCAGGGAAUGCAUAUUCAUCACUAGCGAUCCGCGGUCUUUCGCAAGGCUUGAAGGCAAGAGCAAGCCUUGGCCACCUGGCGAGUUCGCGGGGUAGUGAAGCGGGGGACACGGCGAGCAUUCGAAGCUCCGUUCAAAAUGGCGAUGUGGGAGACGUAGAGGCCUUGUUCAAGGACUUUGUCACAUCCGCGCCAGAAGUUCAUUCGGGCGCAGGAAGCUUGCUUCACUUCCCCGAAUUCCCCGGUGAUGAUGUGGACGAUGAUGCGUUCCUAUCUGAAUUUGAGCCGGUCGGGGAAAUUGAUGAGGAUGCCGGAAACGAGGAUUUUAUCCUACAGCGCUUUAAGGCCAAGCAAAAACACUAUAUGAUUCUAUCCGCGGCGGGAAAGCCCAUUUGGACAAGACAUGGCGACGGGGGAUUGAUCUCCAGCUAUGUGGGAGUGAUCCAAACCAUCAUUUCUUUUUAUGAAGAUGGCGACGAUCGUCUACGGACCUUCUCUGCUGGGGACGUCAGAUUUGUCAUUGUGACCCAUGGGCCCUUGCAUCUGGUCGCAAUUAGCCGGAUGAUGGAGAGUGAGCACCAACUUGCACUACAGCUCGAAGCGUUGUACAUGCAAAUCUUAUCCACAUUGACUCUGCCUUCUCUGACUCACCUGUUCUCCGUUCGGCCAUCUACUGAUCUCAAACGACCGCUUCAGGGCUCAGAGACUCUUCUCUCUUCCCUAGCUGAUAGCUUUACCCGUGGGUCGCCAUCUACAUUGUUGUCGGCGUUGGAAUGCCUCAGGAUUCGAAAACAGCACCGCCAAUCGAUUAACAGCGCUCUUCUGAAGACCAAGGCAAGUAAUCUACUCUACGGAUUGGUCGUUGCUGGUGGACGAUUGGUCAGCGUCGUGAGGCCGAAAAAGCACUCACUACACCCCGGAGAUCUUCAACUUCUAUUUAACAUGGUCUUUGAGGCCGACGGAGUCAAAGCUGGUGGUGGAGAGAGCUGGAUUCCCAUCUGCCUCCCUGGAUUCAACAGCAGCGGAUACCUAUAUAUGUAUGUCAGCUUUCUUGACCUAAGGGGUGAUGUCGACGAGAAUGAAGACAUUUCGAAAGACGAAUCUGUCGCCAUUGUCCUCAUCAGCCCGGAUAAAGAGAGUUUCUUUGAAAUGCAAGGAAUGCGCGACGCCUUUGUGGAACAGAUGGAAAAGAACGGGAGUCUCAAGGUGAUAAAAGCUGCAAUUGACGAAGGCCGUCCUGCCACAACAGACAUCGUACCCGGCGCUGUGCUUCAUCACUUCUUAUACAAAUCACGAGCGAAUGUGCAGUUCACCAUGUCUUCUUUUGCUCCCACAUUCUCCUCCAUCUCUCGGCGUCGAAGACUAAUGUCGAUAUAUAAUAACCUCCACUCGAGCAUCCAUGCUAAAAACACACACGUGAAAGUGCAUCAUUGCGUUUCCCGAUCAGCGAGCUCAUUUGGUUGGGUGACCCCACGGUUUGAGCUUUACUGUGUCGCUGAGCCCAACGCGAACCGGAAUGCCUUAGUACAGAGUGCCACAAAAAUUGCGCAGUGGGUACAACAAGAAGAGGAAAGGCUUUUCAUUAUCGGUGGAGCAGUCUUCUAA